AUGGCUGAACCGGCUCUUAAACCAAAUUAUAUUUCAUAUGAUGAAAGAUUGAGUACUUAUAGUAAAGAUUGGAAUAAACAAUGUAGUAGGACAUCUGAAUCUCUUGCUGAAGCUGGUUUCUAUAUGGUUGGUACACUAAGAUCUUUUUCUCGGCACAUUACUAAAGAUGUAUGGACAGAGCAUGCCUUUUGGUUUCCGUGGUGUGAAUUUGUUAUAGUAAUAAAAGGAGAAGAGUUUAUUGAUCAAGUGAUUAGAGAAAACAAAUAUGGGAUCCAAAGAUCUUUACAAACAAAUCGAGAUGAUAUACUGCAUGAAUGGAUGUUAUCAGGGCUUGCUUGGGGAGCAUUAAAACGGCGUGUUACAUCAUAUCCAGAAUUGUUAAAUGUUAUGAUUUUAAGAUAUAAUGAAAAGGGAGAACCAUUUAAAGAUCAGAUAGAAUUUAACAAAUUUCUUGUUAAUUAUAGAAGCAAAAAUAACAUGAACGCUACUGAAAAUGAGACAACUCCGCCUAUUGCAAAGAUUGAAGAACUGACGUGUAAAGUAUGUAUGGUUUACGAGCUUGGCAUCUCAUUUACACCAUGCGGUCAUAUGAUUUGUACUAAGUGUUCAACACAAUUAAGCGAUUGUCCAAUAUGUCGAAAUAAAAUAAAAUUUAUACAACAACUAUAUUUUUCAUAA